AUGCUUGAAACCAAACCCUGUGAGGCCCCGGCUUCUGAGGCUUUUCACGUCGCUCUUAUUUGUGCUCUAUCUACCGAAGCCGACCCUAUCACCGUCCUCUUAGACCAUGAGUACGAAGCCUCCGGCUCAAUAUACACGAAAUCGCUCUUUGAUGCCAACACCUACACCACUGGACGUAUAGGGAGGCACGAUGUUGUGGUCGUACAUAUGCCCGGUCCCGGAAACACUGAUGCGGAGGGCGUCGCGACUCAACUAAGGUCCACAUUCAAGAACAUUUCAGUAUGCUUGGUUGUCGGGGUUUGUGGUGGAGUUCCGGCACCUUUGAAUAGGGCAAAUAUCCUCCUUGGGGAUGUCAUUAUCGCUACCGCGGUUAUCCAGACGGAUAUGGGAAAGCAGUAUCCGGAUCUUUUCAGUCGGAAAGCUGGGGUUGAAGAAACUCUAGGUCGAGCAAGUCGUGAAAUUCGAACAUUUCUGGGGAAAUUACGAAGUAAGAGUGUGCAUGAACGGCUUCGGCAGAGGACUGAGGAUACUGUGGCGGAGCUCACAUCAAAUGUCCAAUAUUUCAAGACUCCGUAUUCAGGAUGGGACAAGCUUGUAGUAUAUCCUGCUGAUUACCGACAUAAACAUCGGAAUCAGCCAUGUGAGAUCUGCGACAAAUGUGAUAAACAGUGUGAUCCGGUCUGCGAUGUGGCUCUCCAUAGCUCCUGCGACGAGCUAGGCUGCAAGGCUGCGAGCCAGAUUGCCAAGAAUCGCACGACCCAAUCUCCUGGAGCUCCUAGUGACGACGAUGAAACAGAAGAAAAAGAAGGAGAAGGAAUCAUCUCCGAGGAUACACGAAAGGAACCACAGAGGAUCAAUAUUCACUUCGGCCCCAUCGCAAGCAGUAACCAGGUGAUGAAGAGUGGUCAGCACCGCGACGAAAUCGCCAACAGGGAAGGGGUAAUCGGGUUCGAGAUGGAAAGCGCUGGGAUCUGGGAGAUUAUACCAACAAUUGUUAUCAAAGCUGUGGCUGACUACGCAGACUGUCAUAAGUCCAAGGACUGGCAGCCAUACUCUGCUGCUGUAGCAGCUGCUUGCGCGAAAGCAGUCCUGACAGAAUGGAGAGAUACUGAUAGAGCUUCUAAUGAUGAAAGAGAUGUGCGAUCGAUAGUUGCAUCGCCUGGAAGAGUUGAUCAAGUUAAUCAGGAAAUCAACAGGCAAAUUGUCAACGGAAAUGUCUUUUACGGGCCUAUUCAUUACCAUGGACGAGUGGGCUCAUUUGAUGAAGUCAUAAAUAAAGGUGCAGAAGCUAUUAAGCGAUCCAAUCAGUCGCUUCAACACAGUCAAGAGCAGCGAGAGGCGAAGUCCAGUUACAUUGAUUCCCUGAUGGGAGCAGUCAAGGCGGCAGGGGAUUUACUUUUUCAGUUGCUCCUCAGUCCUGAGAUAACAACCAGUCUCAACGCAUUGACUGGAAGCUACUUUACGAAAUUGACCAUUACGCAAGAUGCUCUGGCCACCCAUAUUAGAGAGGCGGAUGUCAUCAGCGAAGAUCUCAACGCAUCCAAAGGUGAAGUUAAAGAGGCGGUUAUGGAAGCGGACAUCGAAUUGGAUGAGCUUUACGCUCUGUUAUUCGAGCAAGAUUAUGGGACAGAAUGUUUGAGCAUAGUUGAUGCAGCUCCGGAAGUUCCGCGACCUCUACGGGAACAAUACAUGGAGGAGUUGAAAGCUGGAAAGAUUGAGGUCCACCAUGCAGACCACCUGAGAACUACUUGUCAAUCAGAACGGACCACUUGCCAGGAGGCGAAGGAUCUUGCAGACCAGGGCAAGAACUCCCAAACUUCAUUAGCACCUGCUUCCAGCCCCGGCGCAAUUCAAAUUCAGCAGACCGAAACAAUCCCGCAAAACGAAACAAUCUCACAAACCGAAACAAUCCAGCAUACCGAAACAAUCCAGCAUACCGAAACAAUCCAGCGUCUUCAGCAUCAAAUCGAGAUCCUUGAGGACCAGAAAUGUGAUCUCAGUGCGCAGCUAGAUCGAAUCAGAUCUGAAGCCAAAGCUCAGCAAGCGGCACUCAAAGAUUCCGAGGCGCGAAUCAGAGAUCUGCAAGACAGAAAACGGAAGGCUGAAGAGGAAAAAGAAAGGCAGCGCCGCCAAUCCUGGUGUUUUAUACUGUGA